AUGGUGGUCCAUGAGCAGCUUGAUGAUGGCAAGAAGCCCCACCAUUGCUUGGAAUGUGGGCAGAGUUUCCUCAUGGGGUCCCGCCUGUUGAUUAUGCACCAGAGGAUCCACACUGGUGAGAGGCCCUGUAAGUGCACGGAAUGUGGGAAAAGCUUCAGUGUGCCCUCCGCCCUGAUUAUACACCAGAGGAUCCACACUGGUGAGAGGCCCUACAAGUGCGGGGAAUGUGGGAAAAGCUUCAGGCAGAUCAGCCUGACUGUCCACCAGAGGAUCCACACUGGGGAGAAGCACUAUAAGUGUCCUGAGUGUGGGGAGAGGUUUCAGAGCAGAUACCAUCUCCUCAAGCAUCAGCAGAUUCACACAGAAUAGAGGCCCUUCCGCUGCCCCGACUGCGGGAGGGGCUUUAAGAGAAACUCCACUCUCAUCACCCACCAUCAGAUCCACGCUGGGGAGAGGCCCUACAAGUGCUUGGAGUGUGGGAAGAGCUUCAGGCAGAGCUCCCACCUAAUCCGCCACCAGAUGAUCCACACCGGGGAAUGGUCGCACAAAUGUGGGGAGUGUGGGAAGGGCUUCAGCUGCAGAUCCACCCUGGCGACCCACCAACGCAUCCACUCCGGGGAGAGGCCCUAUGAGUGUCCUGAGUGUCAGAAGAGAUUUCAGAGCAGCUCCAGUCUCCUCCUGCACCAGCGGAUUCACUCAGAGAAGAGGCCCUUCUGCUGCCCUGAUUGUGGGAAGGGCUUCAAGCGCAACUCCAACCUUGUCACGCACCGGCUCAUCCACACCAGGGAGAGGCCCUACGAGUGCCCCACGUGUGGGAAGAGGUUUCAGACCAGCUCCAACCUCCACCUGCAUGAGCGGAUUCACACAGAUGAGAGGCCCUUCCGCUGCCCCGACUGCGGGAAGGGCUUCAAGCAAAACUCCCACCUCGUCAGGCACCGGCGCAUCCACACUGGGGAGAGGCCCUACAAAUGUUCCCAGUGUGGGAAGAGCUUCAGGCAGAGCAACACCCUGAUCCGCCACCAGAUGAUCCACACUGGGAAAUGGGCCUGUGAGUGUGGGGAAUGUGGGAAGGGUUUCAGCUGCAGCUCAGAACUUGUCAGGCACCAAUGCAUCCACAGUGGGGAGAGGCCCUACGAGUGUCAUGAGUGCCAGAAGAGGUUUCACACCAGCUCAAAUCUCCUCCAGCACCAGCGGAUUCACACAGGUGAGAGGCCCUUCCGCUGCUCUGACUGUGGGAAGGGCUUCAAUCGCAACUCCAAUCUUGUCACCCACCGGCGUAUCCAUACCAGGGAGAGGCCCUACGAGUGUCCCCAGUGGGGGAAGAGCUUCACCCAGAGCUCUAAUUUAAGCAGACACCAACGGAUACACCA